AACAUGACGUCAUUUACAUGAAUUUUAUGUUUUGGCACACGUUUCGACAAAAGAAAAGAAAUAAAUGACAUCUAACGUGUUCAGCCAUGACAACUUUAAGGAUAUUGUUAUUCCUGUUCAUAAUUUUCAAUAUUCAUUUAAGAGUAAAAAGCAGAGUUUUUAAUGGCAACUUAAAUGCAAAAAUUCAUGACUUCGAUAUCAAAGGGAAGAGGGGACUAAAGAAUUCAAGUAAAUAUGUAAGAUCUGUAACAUCUGAAAAAAAUAAAGAUGGGAAAACUUCAAAGAAUAAGAUAGUAUCUGGAAAGAAUGCAGACCAAGAAGGUGAGAGAAAUCGAGUCAAUAAAAGAAACAAAAGACUAAGAGACAGCAAUUCUCCGGAUUCAAAAACAACGCUAAACGAGUCUAAUACAAAAGAAAGAGAAGAUCGCCAAAAUAGCGUUGCCACUUUAGCGCAAGAAACAACAGAGAGUUUUCUUUCCAGUACAGAAAUUGACAGAACUAAUUAUUCACCAUUAGAAACGGUCGAAAAUAAAACGGACAAUUCAGAAAAAUAUGAAACUGACGAGAACAAUAAGCUCACCAAUACAGACUAUGGAGAAUCUGGAUUUCUCAAACCAAACGGUUUAGAAGUUGAUGUAGAUGACCCUAAAGAUAGGAUUGUGCACAUCCUUAAUACCACUGAACAGAAUAACAUCAUUUCAUCUCUAGAAUCUGAUAAUUCAAAUACAGAGGUAAAAGAAAGUACAGAUAAUGAUAACGAUUCUAAUACAGAUGAAAAUGAAAAUGCAGGAAAUGAUUACGAAAAUGAAGGAAGUGAUAACGAUAAUUCUUAUAUAGAAGAAAAUUCCAAUGCAGUAACUGAUAACGAAAAUUUAAAUACAAAGACAAAUACAAAUGCAGUAACUGACAAAGAAAAUUCUAAUAAGGAAGAAAAUUCCGAUGCAGUAACUGAUAACAAAAUGUCUAAUGUAGAGGAAAAUGAAAAUCAAGGAACUGGUAACGAACAUUCUAAUAUAGAGGAAAACUCCAAUGCAGGAACUGAUAACAAAAUUUCCAAUGGAGAUAGAAAAUGAAAAUCAACGAACUGAUAAUGAUAUGUUUAGUAAAGAGGAAAAUAAUAUCUAGUAUGAAGGAAAAUGAAUAUGCCGGAACUUAUAACGAAAAUUAUAAUACAAAAGCAAGUAAAGAUGAAGGAGCUUAUAACGCAAGUGCAAAUAAAAGGGACAAUAAAAAACGGCAGAUGAUGAAAUAAACUUAAAUUAAAUGGAACAUUAAAGAAGGCAAAAGCCC